AUGUUAAGCAUACUUUUUAUCUUAUUAGUUGUUUCAAUUUCUUCAUAUGGUUAUUCAUCGCCGUAUCCACUUUAUGCAUGCGCCAGUGUUCAUUUGGAUUCAAGUAGCACAAAAAUAGGCACACUGUACUUCAUCCAAAUAUCUGCAAAAAGUCCCGUAAUUAUUCGUGGAAUAUUAACGGGUUUAGUUCCGAAUCAAACAUAUCAUGGAUUUCAUGUUCACGAAUCCAGAGUCGAUGACAAUAAACCCAAUUGUACAGCAGCCGGUGCUCAUUUUAAUCCAUUCAACCGAACACACGGUGCACUCGUUUCACCAAAAAAACAACGACACGUCGGAGAUUUAGGAAAUGUUUAUGCUGAUCAUGAUGGUAACGCAAGGAUUCUUAUCGAGGAUAAAAUAAUUCAAUUGGGUAAAGGAUCUCGAUCGAUUAUUGAUCGUACAAUUAUUAUACAUAAAGAUAUAGAUGACUUAGGCAUGGGUGGCCACAGUGAUUCAUCAACAACUGGACACGCUGGUGCACGUCUCGGAUGUGGUAGAAUACGCAUGCGGCCAUGGAUGACACUGAGAGAUGUACUUGAAACAUUUUUAUCUUAA